AAAAAACCAGCCAUGUUGGUUACCAAAAAGAAAAACAAAAGCUACUCUGAAUUCUACUUCUAAGGUCUCUUCUUUCAGUACCGAGUUUCCAUCUCUGUGCCGUGCGAUAACAUCGCGAAAUCAAAAAUCGUCGUCGGUAUCGUGCGAUUCGGAGUUGACAUAUUAUGGGUGAAUUCACAAUUCAGAUUAGCAAUGAACUUGUUAAUCAACUUGUUGAUGAUCCGGUGCCAAAGAAGAAAAUUAGAAGGAAUCGACGUAAGGUGGCAAAAGAGACUGAAAAGCCUCAAUCUAAUGUAACUGGAAAGCCCGAGAAUGCAGCUGCUCCUGGGUGGCCAGUGCAGUCCCCUUUGUUUCUACCUGCAAAACCGCCUGUACAACCUGCUGAUCCAGAGAUAGACGGCAUUCGAUCCGUGCUUCGGGAAAGUGAGAAGGUUUUGGAAAGUUUGCAGAAGCAGGAGGAGAACAUGUUGCAGGAAGUAACCCAAAAGGCAAAGGAUCUCCAUGACAGAGAAUAUAAGCUUCCAAACCCAAAGCCUGAGCCUUGCAUCGCUGAGAGACUUGCUACGUUAUCAUGUUACAAGGAACAUAUCAAGGACCCGUUGAAGUGUUCUGCUUUUGUUACCAAUUUUGCCGGUUGCUUGCGCAAGUUUGGCCGUUCACGGGACAAGUAAUUUAGAAGGAAAUUUGACUGAACGAUAUGCAAAUAAACUAGUAAACUACAUACUGACAAAUAUUUUGUGUUGGUUGCGGCCAGUUUUGUUUAAUGUUUCAUUCUCAAAUCUCGGCAUUGAACUAUGUUUUUAGAUUCAGAGUAAGUGGCAUUCUCUGACUACAUAGUUAUUUUGGUUCCUGAAAGAUAUAUGAUCGGUCAUUUUAGGUUUUAAAAGAUGGAAAUUAUUAUUUUCAA